AUGCUUUGUUUGGGCUGGAUAUGUCUUUGGCUCAUUGCAGGAGAGAGAAUUAAAGGAUUUGAUACUUCAGAUUGUUCCACAAAAAAGUUCCUUUGGACAUACUCCACAAAGAGUGCAGAGAAAUUUGUCUUAUUUUGUGAUUUACCAGAGACACAGAAACCCCAUUUCUACCGUAGACGUCAACUCUCACCAACACAAGGCCUUGAACACCUGCCCUGCAAGGGUAGUGAGGACCUAUUUGAUGUCCAAUGGUACCUACAACCUCAGAAUGGAGAUCCAUUAAAGGAAAUUAUGAAAAGUGAUUCUCAUAUCAUUCAGAACAAAAGCACUCUUCAUUUUUUGAUCCCUGGGAUGAAUAAUACUGGGACAUAUAUUUGUAGACCUAGGAUUAGGAGCCCCCAGGAUGUGGCCUGUUGUGUCAAGAUGAUCUUAGAAGUUAAGCCCCAGAUAAAUGCAUCCUGUGAGAAGUCUCCAAUCCAUGAGCAAGUCCUACUCCUUGGGAGCACUGAUUCCAUUUAUUGCCCCAGUCUCAGCUGCCAAAGCGAUGCACAAAGCCUAGAGGUGACCUGGUACCAGGAUGGAAAACUUCUCCCUGACAAAAGCCAGUCAAUUCUAGUGGAUGACAUUUUUAUCUGGCACCAGGGCACUUAUGUAUGUGAUUACACUCAGUCGGAUAAUGCGAGUUCAUGGACAGUCAGAUCUGUUGUUCAAGUGAUAACCACUGAGAAAAACACUGCUGUCAAACCAGAUAUUUUGGAUCCCGUCAAUGACACACUGGAAGUAGAACUUGGAAAGUCUUUAACCAUUACCUGCAAAGCACGGUUUGGCUUUGAAUCAAACUUUGAUCCUGUGAUAAGAUGGCAUAUCAAAGAUUCUGACCGGGAGUGGGAAGUGUCAACACCUGCGGCGAAAAGUAUUAAGUCCACUUUAAAGGAAAAAAUCUUUGAGCGUGAUGUCAUCUUGGAAGAAGUCACUCGGAGUGACCUUCGCCGGAAGUUUGUUUGUUUUGCCCAGAACUCCGUUGGGAACACAACUCGGUCCGUGCAACUGAAGGAAGUGAGAGGAGUGGUGUUCCUGUACGUCCUGCUUGGCACCGUUGGGACCCUCUUGGGCAUGCUGGUGGCAGGUGCACUCCUCUACACGUACUGGAUUGAAAUCGUGCUGCUGUGCCGAACCUACCAGAGUAAGGACGAGAUACUCGGGGAUAAAAAGGAAUUUGAUGCUUUUGUGUCCUACGCAAAAUGCAGCUCAUUUGAGAGUGAUGCCACUGCAUCUGUGAGCGAAGAACACUUGGCUCUGGAUCUAUUUCCUGAAGUUUUGGAAAAGAAAUAUGGCUAUACCUUGUGUUUGCUGGAAAGAGAUGUGACCCCAGGAGGAGUGUAUGCAGAAGACAUUGUGAACAUCAUUAAGAAAAGUAGAAGAGGAAUAUUUAUCUUGAGUCCCAACUAUGUCAACGGACCCAGCAUCUUUGAACUACAGGCAGCAGUGAAUCUUGCCUUGAAUGAUCAAACCCUGAAACUAAUUUUAAUUAAGUUCGGUUACUUCCAAGAGCCAGAGGCUCUACCUCAUCUUGUGAAAAAAGCCCUCAGGAUUUUGCCCACAGUCACUUGGAGGGGCUUAAAAUCAGUUCCUCCUAAUUCCAGGUUCUGGACCAAAAUGCGCUACCAUAUGCCCGUGAAGAAUGUUAAAGGAUUCGUAUGGAGCCAGCUCAAAAUCCCCUGCAGGGUUUCCUGGAAGGGAUUCCACCAGACAGAAACCACUGGGAGGAGCUCCCAGCUUGGGAAUGGUGAAAUGAGCCUCCUGUCCAGUCCCCGGGACAGAACACAGCAUGGAUCAGGCCGACAGGAAAUCAAGAGUACCCAGACAACCUGGAUCCGAAUGCCAAGGUCAAUGGACACUGGAGUGGGACUGUGGCCGUGGGUUAGAGCCUUUGGUUCCCUGAAUGGGACAGAGGGAGAAUGA